AUGGUACACAGGCUGCAAGCUGCCUGCUUCGCCUAUUGGAAGCCGAGGACAAGGUCUGACGCGAACGAGGGGGGCUCAGUUGUCGUCGAGCCACGGCGAUGCAUCAUUUUCGCCAUUCUGUCAUCAGCUCACCCCAUCGGCCCCGGUGCCUCUUUCAUGCCGUCCUGGGCCUUGACUCUAGAGCCCUUGCUCAUGUGCUGA